CAUAAGUUUGAAGAUAAGCUGUUUCUUUAAGUCUCUUCCUACCCACCCUACCCCACAGUGUCCAAAUCCUCUGUGAUAGCCAAUGUUUCCCCCCAACAACGUUAAAUUCUUCUCGAUUCUGCGUGAAUUUCAAGCUGUGUUCUUCAACUUGUUUAUUCUGUCUCCAAAGCGUGAAUUCUAUGAAGCAGUAGCCAGAAUAUUGUGUGAUUAGACAGGGUUUCCUAGUUCCAGAUUUCGCUGAGGAUACAACCUUAUAUAGGAACGUGCGGAGAUUUAGGAUAAAAAGAUGCAUGGCUUGUAUUUCUUGGAGUAAUAGACCAAGGAAAAAAACAAUUUUGGCUACGGGUCAAGAAGCAUUUGUAUGGCAAUCAUGAACGCCAAAGAGGCUAUGGCUUUCAAAGGUCAAAAGGAAAAACUCAGUGCAUUCCUCGAGAUUGCUAGUACCGAGAAACAAUUGUUAGCAUCAAUCUAUUCCAAGGGUCUUUUGCAUAAAGAUGUAAAAGAGCUUUACCAAAAAGCCCGUUCUAGCUACGAGAACAUCAUUUUGAAUGAUCAUGAAAGGGAGGGGCUUCAAGAAGUGGAGUAUUCAUUAUGGAAGCUUCAUUAUAAGCACAUUGAUGAGUACCGUAAACAAAUACGCCGAUACAAUACAGACAGAAGAAAAAGUGGAGCUUCUGGGGAGGAUACCGGCUAUGUUUAUAUGGAUGGGUUCAAGUCAUUUCUAUACGAAGCUACUCUUUUUUACAUGGAUUUAGUAAGAAGACUUAGAAAAAAAUGUGGGCUUCCUGAGGAGCUCUUGUUGCAUAAGAAGAGGGGAAAAUCAUCUUCUUGGACAGAACUUGUGAAGUUCCCUCAUUGUCAAUAUGCAUGCCAUAGGUUUUUGGUUUGUCUUGGUGAUCUAGCUAGAUACAAUGAGCUUUGCAAGAAAGGUCACGAAGCUCGUGAUUGGUCAGUUUCAGCAGCAUAUUAUCUCGAAGCAUCGUGGGUGUGGCCGGAUAGUGGAAACCCCCAUAAUCAGCUCGCGCUAUUGGCAACAUACAUUGAUGAUCCUUUCCUUGCGUUGUAUCACUCUGUCAGGAGUUUGGCCGUGAAGGAACCGUUUCCUGAUGCCUGGAACAACCUUAUGCUGCUCUUCGAGGAGAACAGGUCAAUUCACAUCCAUUCCCUUUCGAGGGAGGCACGCCUCGAUUUACUAAAACCAUGUGAAAAAACAUUCUUGGAUGCUACAUCAUGUGAAAGUAAUGCCUCUUCAAGUGACAAUAAAUUGGAUGAAAUGUCUGAUAUAUGGCCCUUGUUUGUCAGGCUGAUAAGUUUCUUUCUAAUGAAAUCCAGUUUAUUAGAGGAUUUUCCUCACACCCUUGCUUCUGUGGUGAGACGAUUAGAAGCUUUGAUGGCGUUAGGCGAAGAAGAACUGAAGGGCACACUUGAAUCCUACCAGUCUUUGGAUCCAUCCGAAAAGGGCCCAAACCGCGCCUUACAACUUGUCACCAUUCUCAUCUUUACCAUCCAUUGCCUUACCAAAAGCCAAAAAGGACACAAACAGAAAGAAGAUGGCAACUCGGGGUGUCAUUUGACUGAACUAGCACUGUCUUCCAUUUUCAUUUGUGUCGGGCGCAUUGUUGACCGGUGUUUGACCAGGGGUGUUGUCGAGGAAUGCUGCCCUCUCCUACCCGCCGUGCUGGUGUUUGUCGAAUGGCUAGUGAACACACUUGGGAGAGCCGAAGGUCUCACAAGGGACGAAAGCGUCAUGAGUGCCAUGGCAUACUUUUUUGACACCUUUGUUGAUCUUCUUAACCGACUCAAUCUUGGUGCAGAAGAACUUGCCUCAGACAACACUGCUCUUUGGGAGGACCACGAGCUGUUGGGGUUUGACCCAAUGGCCCACGCGCACGCGGGCUUAGAUUUCAGGGGUAAAAUGGGGCACGCGGGGGAUGGUAAAUUGAGGUCUCGACGCAUAUUUCUUGCUGCAACUAAAAUUGCAGGCACACAAGGUGACUUGAGUCAUUGGAUUGUGUAUGAUAAGUUACAAAAAAGAUUUCGCCCCGGCACCCAAAGUGAAAACCAUCAUGUUUCUAACACAACAGAGGAGGAGGAGGAGGAGGAGGAGGAGGAGGAGGAAGUUAUUCUAUUCGAGCCACCCAUUGGAAGAGGGAACAACACGAAGAAAGGGGAAAAAUCCUCUCCUGUAGUGGAUCAACAUGAAAGAGAGAGUGAAACUUUCAGUUUCUACCCGGAAAACCCCGACACGAGUAACUUCUAUUUGGACAAUCCCUUGAGGCAGCGGGUGCCCAACAGUGGGCCCCCGUCACUCAAGGGAUGGGUCGUAGGUGGAGAAAGCCCACAUCCCCAUUUCAGCCCAGAGGCCAUCAACGUCCUUUCACUCGACGAACUGGGAUACCCCAAAGUUGAUUCUUCAUCUUCUUCUUCUCCACGCGUCUCUGUUGAUGUUCUCGAUGCCCCUCCUCCUCCUUAUGUAAGUCCACCACCUUCUGCCCCAUUGUUGCCGGAACAAGGAGGGGAUGGUAUUCUUGGGGCCCCACCAAUGAGAGGAUACACAUACGCAACCCGGGGCCCAUUUGAGUACGCAGGAGGGUAUUCGCCGCCACAAGCAGGGAUGAUGAGCUCUUCUGAGUGGCUGUAUCAUUAUAGGAACAGGCAGGAGUGCGACCGCGCCGUGUGGGCCCCACACGUGGCGAACAUUAGGAGGUUAGAUGGCGACCCUUUGUGCCAGUGGGGGUACCCUUUGAUUUCGACGCCGGGAACGUUACUGUAUUUGGACAGCCCAAUUGUCCCGGCGGGGAGGGGCGAUACCGGAAGAGACGAUAAGGUCCUGUUUGGAUGGCAAAGACCAGAGGAGCCUGCAUUGGUGCUGCAGUAUCUGAAAGAGAGAGAAGUAGGAGGAUUUGUGCAACCAGGAUCUCAGUUUAGAGGUCCAACUUUUAUGGGAAACUGACCUUGUUGUGUAAGUAUUAUUACUCCCUCUGUCCCAGAAAAAUAAUCCACUUUGACGAAUGUAUAACUUGUUAAUUUUAGUAAAGUACACCUCAUGUAAAGCACUAAAUAUGCUAUUAUACUUAUAUUCACUCCACUAUUUACUUAUUUGGUGUGUAGCAUGGGUUAUAGUGGUAACUUUUUAUUGGUUGUAUAGAGAUUAAAUAUGUAUAGUAAUUUAUUAGAUUGAGAUGUUUAAGAAAGUAUUUUAAUGAAAAGUUAGUUAGCCU